CUUGCGGCUAAGAGCUUGCGCGUGUGUGACGACUGUUAGCUAGUCGUCUCUUUGGGUCAACUUAAAAUAUCAGCUAAAACAAUCCCAAAACCAGCAGACCAAAGAAUCUAAUCUACAAAACAUCUUCAAAUCUUUCAGACAAAAUCUGAAACUCAAAAUGGAUCAAGAUCAAGACCAUGGUGGAAGAAAUUGUUGUAGCUGCUGCUUUAGCUUAAUCUUCACGGCAGGUCUCACCUCUCUUUUCCUAUGGCUAAGCCUUCGUCCCGACAAACCCAAAUGCUCCAUCGAAUACUUUUACCUUCCUGCCCUCAACAAAUCCUUAGACUCACAUUCACGUCCCAACACCACUCUCAACUUCAUGGUUCGUCUCGCUAAUCCAAACAAAGACCAAGGUAUCUACUACGACGAUGUCCACCUCUCUUUCUCCACCAACAGUUCCUCUCUCAUUAACUACACAGUGCCAAGAUUCUACCAAGGACACAAGAAGAAGGCCAAGAAGUGGGGUCAGACUCCGCCUUUGAACAACCAGAAGGUUUUACGAGCGGUUUUGCCUAACGGGUCUGCGGUUUUUAGGAUGGAUCUGAAGACGCAGGUGAGAUUCAAGAUUGUGUUCUGGAAGACUAAGAGGUAUGGAGUUGAGGUUGGUGCUGAUGUUGAAGUCAAUGGAAAUGGAGUCAAGGCUAAUAAGAAAGGGAUUAAGAUGAAGAAAUCUGAUUCUUCUACUAGGUUGAGAAGAAGCUAUUUUUGGAUUUGUGUUUUGAUGAAUCUGCUUGUGUUCUUUCUGAUUCGUUAACUGAUUUAAUGGUUUCGGGUUUUUUGUUUGCUUUUCAUGAGUUUUUGUUGUGUGUUUUAGUUCCAUUUUCUUCAUAGUUUCUAAAUUCGACCAAGUAAUCAUUGGAUAAUUUGUUCAAUUAUUGGUUUAUUUCAACAAUGUAUGUGUUUAU